ACGUACGAUCAGAAUCCGACCCGUUGCUGACUUGCAUCACCUAAUCGCGCUACACCUUUUCCUUUAGCUUUGGACCAACAGUGUAACACUCUUCCCAACAACUCACUAUAGUCCACCUACUAGAUCUACCACUUAGAAAAAAAUGUCGACACACCACCACAAACCCUUAGGCACCGCCAUACACAUCACCGCACUCGACGGCAUCAUCCACGUUAACUCCAUCUUCACCCUCGCCGUCUUCAUCGGCCUUUCAUGGAACCCAAACGACCCAUCAAACACUCUCAUCACUGACCCAUCUUGCACUUCUUACAACACUUCUAUCGCUGAAAACAUCGUCGCUUUUCACGUCUACUCCUUCGCUUCUUUCCUCUUCUCUAGUCUCGUCGCUUUGGGCCUCAAACAGGCCUUCCGAAUCUCGGCCCAUUACGACUCUUACCGGGCCUUUGUUCAUACUUCGGGCCUUCGGGUCGGGAUGCUUGUUUCUGCUGUUGGAUCUGUUUCUGGGUGUGCUUUUCUGAUGUUGGCUUUGAUUAAUGUUGCUCAGAUUAAGCUUGGUAGUUUGUCUUGUGGGAGUUCUCAUACUUUUGCUGCUGUUGUUCCUCUUGUUAUUUUGGUUCCUUCUGCUCUUCUUAUUUAUAUUGCCUUUGUUCUUUAUGCUUUUACUCGUUAGCCUUAUUUUGUUACUUUGUACUUUGAUUCUUGAACAACUUUGUAAAAAAACGUAUGGGAAGUUGUUGAUUUGAUGAUAAUGACAAAUGGGGUUUUUUUAUUUUGAUGA